AGAUGGCGGCGCUGGGAGAACCUGUGCGGCUGGAGAGGGAUAUUUGUAGAGCCAUUGAAUUGUUGGAAAAACUACAAAGGAGUGGAGAGGUCCCACCACAGAAACUUCAGGCCUUACAAAGAGUUCUUCAAAGUGAAUUCUGCAAUGCUGUACGAGAGGUGUAUGAACAUGUUUAUGAAACUGUGGACAUCAGUAGCAGUCCUGAAGUGAGAGCUAAUGCAACUGCAAAGGCUACUGUUGCGGCAUUUGCUGCCAGUGAAGGGCAUUCUCAUCCUCGAGUUGUUGAGUUACCAAAAACAGAAGAGGGCCUCGGAUUCAAUAUUAUGGGAGGCAAAGAACAAAACUCUCCAAUCUAUAUCUCACGAAUAAUUCCAGGUGGGAUUGCUGAUAGACAUGGCGGCCUCAAAAGAGGAGAUCAGCUCCUUUCUGUUAAUGGAGUGAGUGUCGAAGGAGAACAUCAUGAAAAAGCUGUAGAGCUGCUGAAAGCAGCCCAAGGGAAGGUUAAAUUAGUGGUCCGAUACACACCCAAAGUCUUAGAAGAAAUGGAGUCACGCUUUGAAAAAAUGAGAUCAGCAAAACGCAGGCAACAGACCUAAUGCAGUUCAACACUUUCUGUUUGCUUUUAGCUAGAGAAGUUUUGCUUGUGACCUACUGAGGGCCACAAUGCCAAUGAUUGUAUUUAAAAAAAAAUAAAUAAAUUCC